CGUCGUUCUCAGCGUUCCUUCAACCAGCAGCGGCGUGCUUCUAGCUUUCGAUGAGAGGCAUUGGAGGGCGACUGUUCGGCGCACAUGGACACUGCUUGAGCGCAAAAAUCACGCCGCAGAUUCCAUGUCUCAGAUCGCCGAUAUGUCUGGUGAAGCACCGAGCCGUGUCGACGAGACAUGGCGAAAAACCCCUUGAACGGAUCAUCCCCAACCCAGCGGCUUCGCACUACGAGGACAAACCCGUCUAUCCAGAGAUUCCCGUUCAAACCUGUGUCCCGUCGACACCGAUAUCGAGUUGCAAUCUUGCGAGCACGAGACCUGCGAAGCUCGCGACGCCGGAGCCUCUCAAUCAACAAGACUACAACGGGCCCAUACCCAUUGGUGACUGGGUGAGAUGGUACUUCCGUCUGGGAAAAUCCUAUCUCGCCUUCUACAAGACGGGAUUCCGGCACACCUGGCAGAACUAUAAAGAGUUGAAGAAGAUCCGAGGGAGGUUCGGAAACCGCAGGCUCGAGGACGUGGUGAAAUAUGGCGGCGGCGGCGGGGGCGCAGACCAGGCUGACGGUGCGCCAGCACCCAGUAUAACCCGAGAGGAAUACCAACUGGCUCUCCGCGCGCGACACGACCUGGGAAAACUCGUGCCCUUCGCCAUCGUGUUCGCCAUCUGCGGCGAAUUCACCCCGCUUGUCAUCCUCGCGAUCGGCUCCGCCGCGGUGCCGUACACGUGCCGCAUCCCCAAGCAGGAACAGAACGACUUCCUCCGACCGGCCCGCAUACGACCCAAGUACACAGCACAGGUGGAUCAACUACGGGGCGAAGGCGCCAGGACCGGCGCCGACCACGUACGCUGGAAGCUGGAGUUUAUCGAAGCGUACCGCUUGAACGUGAACCCCUUCCUCCGCCCCGUUCCCGUGCUAGGGUCCCUGUGGCACACAUUCUACUCCGGCCCGCGGCUGCGCAGGCACUGCGAAGAAGUGCUCUGCGACACCAUCCUCAUACGGCGCGAAGGCGGGUUCGACAGACUCCCGCCGCGCGAGGUGUUCCAGUGGAGUCUCAAGCACGGGUCGCGGAGCCUGACGGAGUACAUGGAUAACCAGCGACGCCGGGGCUUGCUCGUGGACCCAGAGUCGCCAGAGUUGAAGGAGAUGCUGCUGCCCGUGGUCGAGGCAGAGGCGGAUUACAUACUCGGGGUAGACUGGAGACGGCUCAGCCCAGAGAAUCACUGGCUCUCGGUUUUCAGGCCGACGUCUGUGGCGCCCGAUGAUCGGCACUCUACAGAGCGGUAAGGCUGCCCCUGCGCUCAUGGUAUAUACAGGAGAGAGGGAUAUCGAGGCAAUCUCUCAGCUCAUUUUGUCACCCUAGACGGUGGAUUCUUGCCCUUCAAUAAAUCUCGGAUUUUCUCUUUGUC